ACUAGUCCUAAUCAAAAGUUAUUUAUAGUUAUUACAGAAUAUUUUAUUAUCUCUAAUUUUAAAUAUUUUAAGAUUUUCUUAGGAUUUCCCCCUCUUUCCGGAGAAUAUACUAGAUCUUAUUUAUUUAAAAUUAUUUUUAAGAUUUUAUAUAAAUAUUAA